CUACUUUUAGUUAUUAACAAGAUAUUAAAGCUUCUUUUGCCAGGUCCUUUUCCAAAUCCCAGCCCAUAAGGCCAAAGCAUCUGUCAGAAGCUGGACCAAAUUGAAUCUUCUGCUCGCAAAGUCCCCAUACCAGAAGAGAAUUAGUGUCACUGCUGUCGUUUAACUACUAUGGAGACACUUAGACGCAUACCUCUAUGUGGUGUGGACGAUGACACUUCAGUUGAGUGUCGCGGGUGCACUAAUACUUUCCAUUACACGGAGGACACAUUUGAGAUUCCAUGUGGGCAUUGUCUUUGUAGGAAAUGUGCAAUACAGCUCGCUUCAAAGACGAAUCAGCAAUGCCCAGACGAGCAUUGCUUAAGUCGUAAGUUGCGGCCAAGUCAACGUGCUGCAAUUAAACUCAAAUUCACGGACUACCCAAUCAGACCCGGAUUUGCUCUGGACAACAACGCAAUGGUUUUGCCACCUCCAGAACAAGAAAGGCCGAACACAGCUUCAACAGUGGCUUCUUCGAUCCGGUCGCAUUAUGAAUUCGCCUCAAUCGUUUACUGUGAAAAACACCCAACUUCAACUAUUCGCUACUAUUGCCACAUCUGUAAAGUGGAGCUAUGUGACAAGUGCUGGCUGACCGAACACGACGAAGAUGACAAUCGGAAACAACAUGAUGUCGGGCACAUCAAAGUCAAUAUUCAGCCGCAGAAAGAGAUUCAGACGAGAGUUGUUGAAAACAGGAAAGACUGUCAAAAAUUGGCUCGGAUUUUAGAAGAUUGGACAGCGAUAGUUCGACAAGCACAGGAGGCCGAAAAUAUGCAAAAGGAUGUUUUGAAAGCGACCACUGCAAACCAACUUGAGCAGAAAUCAAGCAAGGUCCGCAGUUUUGUUCAAAAUCACAUCACGGAUGUGCGCAAGUUCAAAGAAAAUAUUUUGAAUGAGUUGGAAGAACUUGAAAGACAACAAAGAGGGAUAUUUGGGGAUGCUGUUGACUACGAUAUCGAUAGAUUAUCGAUUUGUAGUUCCUCGACGCUUGACGGCGGAGACUUCAGCAGAGGCAAGAGUCCAGUCUCAGAGGAUAGUUCAGAGGGCGCAGUUGGAGGAGGUAGCGAUGGACAGGUUAGUCCAGUUCAAGGGAAUGAAAAAGUGGCUUCGAAGAGAGGACAAAAGAGAGAGUUGGUACGAGUUACACAGAGUGCGAUUGGAGAUGAGAAGUUUGGUUAUAUAUUGAGGGCUGUGUACAACAGUGCUACAAAAGAAGUGAUUAUUUUUCACCAUUCCGGUGAAAUAACAGUGUUUAGUCCAAGCGUGCCAAAUGGGAAGUUUGAAAAGAAAAAGCAGAUGAAGUUGAAAGAAUCAAAUAAAGAAUAUUUGUGGGAUAUUGCACUAGACAGCAAUAACUGUCUCUAUGGUGUGAUUAAGAAUAGGAAACGCCAAAUGAGCAGAGUGGCACUUCUGGACAUAACGGACAAUGAAAUGAUCAAGGAGAGAAACGAACUACUCGACACUGAAGGACUCCUCAAUGGACAACGUGUACAUUGGAGUUUGUGUUCUGUCGGCGAGAUUGUGGCUGUGGUAGUGUAUGAUGGGAGAAAAGAAGAACCCGAGGAGUGGGAAAUCAACAAUGUGACUUUGUAUCGCAGUCUCAUCCGACAACAAACUGUUCUACUUAAUAUCAGAUCAAUUUUACCGGUAGUUUUCAAGACAUUUGUGUUUGUGAAUGAGAACACACUGCUUCUAAACUGUGCUUUGAGUGAAAGUAAAAUAGCAGUGGUGUCUCUGCCUCAACAACAAACUACAGCAAAUACAGAAUUAAGAGCAAAAACAUCUGCACAAUCGUCAACUUCAACUUCAAACUCAUCUCAUCAACUACGGCCGAAAUCCAUCAAGUAUAUUGACCUCUUUGGCAUGGAUUGUUUAAUUCCAUUAGUUUGGCUACCGUCGGGAGAAUGCGUGUCUCCAGAAACUGCAGAAGGCUACUUGUUUGCUUCAAAUAGCCUACACUCUUUUGUUUACAAAAUGAAUUUUGAAAAAGAUAUGUCGGAGGUGGCUGAAGGAGAGAAGAAAAGAAUUGACCCAAUCGAAGAAAAAGGUAAAGUUUAUGAUACAGUAAUAUGGUGUUCCAUUGAUAGCUCAACACUAUUCGCAUCUACUAAACUAGACGGAAAGCCAAAGCUUCUACAUUUAGAGUACAAGACACAUUGAGUUUUUUCUAUUAUUUGAUCAUAAUUUACAAUAACAAUGUUGUUAUAUAACAAUCAAAGGAGAAUUUCGAUAACUGAAUGUUGGUUUAUCAUAUGAUUAUCAAAUCAGUUUCGAGAUAUUUGAGCUAAAUAAGAAAAUAUGUUUGUGCUUUUAACCUGUUUGAAAUUGCUCUCAAAUCAAAGAGACUAUUAAUCCUUAAUCCUUUUCAUCUGAUUUCGCCUCUCUUUAUUUUCGGAGCUAUUCAUUUACUGUUUUUUUUUUAGAUUAGCUAGCAAGUCAGUCACAGUUCCUUCAGGGACAGAAUAUGUACAGAUUAUGUUAUAAGAGUUUGACUGUAGUUUUAUUAGCUUGAUGACAGACUUUGUAAAUUAAA